GAUUUGACUAACUCUGUCUGUUCAUCAUCAUCGCUCAGUCCGUCACAGCAAAGGCUGCAGACAUGAGCAAAGCUACAGGCUGCUGCCGGGGCUUUCUGCACUACGUCUUCGACUAUGAAACCCCCAAAACUUUGGUUAUACCCCACUUUGGGGUCGGAAUCAUCUUCAGGUUCACCCAGCUGCUGGUAGUCCUGUAUGUGGUGGGGUAUGUGUGCGUGGUGCAGAAGGGAUACCAGGACACGGACUCUGUCAUCAGCACCGUCACCACCAAAGUCAAGGGCUUUGCCUUCACCAACACGUCUGACAUGGAGCCACGCAUGUGGGACGUGGCGGACUACGUCCUCCCACCUCAGGGUGAUAACUCGUUUUUCAUCUUGACCAACUUGGUUGUGACCCCAGAGCAAACUCAGUCCCACUGUCCCGAGCUUCCAAAACCAUCAACUGUCUGCGCAGACGACUGCGACUGCGUUGAAGGAUAUAAUGAUCCUCGCGGAAAUGGUAUCCGGACAGGACUGUGUGAGAACUUUUCCACCACUGUCAAGACGUGCGAAGUCUUCUCAUGGUGUCCACUGGAAGUGGACACAAAACUGCCAAAAAAGCCGGUGCUGGCUGCAGCAGAGAACUUCACAGUGCUGAUCAAAAACAGCAUCACGUACCCCAAGUUCAACUUCCACGGAAGAAACAUCCUGCCUCAUAUUAACUCCUCGUAUCUGGCACACUGUGAGUUCAACCGCUUGACGGACCCUGACUGCCCCAUAUUCCGCCUCAAACGCAUCAUGGCAGAGGCGGAAGAAGACUUUCAAGAGAUGGCAGUGAAGGGUGGCAUCCUGGGAAUUCUCAUUGACUGGAGCUGCGACCUCGACUGGUGGGCCGGUAAGUGUCUUCCCAAAUACAGCUUCCGGCGGCUGGACAACAAAAACCCGGGUAACGACGUGGCCCCAGGGUACAACUUCAGAUAUGCAAAGUUCUACAAAAGAGCAGACGGGACGGAGGAAAGAACGCUAAUCAAGGCGUAUGGAAUCCGCUUCGAGGUCAUCGUGUUCGGCACGGCAGGAAAGUUUGGAAUAGUUCCAGCGAUAGUGAACCUGGGGGCAGCUUUGUCCUUUUUAAGUCUGGUGCCCAUUGUUGCAGACUGGGUUAUGCUGACAUGCAUGAAAAAGAGGGAUCUCUACACCAAGCAGAAGGUGACAUAUCUGGUUGAGAGUCCUGACAGUGAACCUGUUGCAAUGGGGACCACCUACGGCACCCAAUAAGUCACUCAAGCAGCACAACAUACUUCUUUGUGCUCCAAUAAUGUUAAAAGAUGCUAUUUAAGCCCAUUAAUAAAGCACUUUCUGUG